UCGGGCCCCGCUUGUCCUCGGGCUGCAGGGAGAUUACAGGCAUGCCAUCCGAUCCGUAUCCACUGGAAACACCGCUGCCUGCUCCCACACUGUGCUCAGCUCCUGAAGGAACCACAGCUGCUGCAAUGGACACUUCGGGGAGCGAUGCUGCGUUCACAUACUUCGGGAAAGCUGAGGAAAGGUUUUAUGAUCUGGAGCAUCUGCCUCCACUGCUGGAGGACGAGGAGAAUGUGUCUCUAGCGGACAUCCUAUCUCUGCAGGACAGCUGUCUGUGUGAGGAUGAGGUGUGGGGAGUGUGUGCGGAGUGUGUCCUGGCGCUGCAGAGUAUCCAACCCUCCCACCUCUUCCACACACUGUGCAUCACCCCGGACACUCUGGCCUUCAACGCUCAUGGGAAUGUUUGCUUCAUGGAGCAGCUGAGCGAUGAUCCCGAAGGUUCCUUCGUGCCUCCUGAGUUUGACCACACGGGAAGCACGUUUGAGCGCCAUGUUUACUCUCUGGGCUCCACGCUCACUGCCGCUCUGAACUUUGUCAUCGAGCCAGAGCUGGAGGCGGAGCUGGGGGAAGAGAUUCAGAGGCUGCUGGAGCAGAUGCAGGAGGAGAAGCCGGAGGACAGGCCUCUCCUGCAGGACAUCCUCUGUCUGGCUGAAGCAAGGCUGUCUCAUACCUCCUCUGCAGCUGUGUGCCGGAAACUGUCUUCUGUUGGCCGACGCGUGCUCUCCAUAGAAUCAGUGUCAACCUUUCAAGACGGACAGGAAGGCUCCUGGGAGGCGAGGUGGCAGCAUCCAAAACCCAGAGGUCUGCUUAAGAGACUGAGCUCUGACGAUCACACCAAAGACCAGUGUGUCGAGAGUUCUGUUAAAGCUAACGGUCUGUCCAGGCAGCAGGUGUGCCGGGGCUGGGACUCCUCUCUGUGGGCGGAGGACAUGGAAGGUGAUGGAGACUGCGCCACCUUGGCAGAUGAGUUGGACUGCAGGUCCCAGAACAGCUCCCCGGUGCGGUGGAGGGUCCAUCAGAGGCUGAACAGGGGGAGGGGGGCUCUGAACCGCUCCUGCUCGGUCCCAGACUCCAACAACCCCCCCUGUCUCUCCCCUCCAACUCACGGAGAUAUCAGCGUACCCGUAUCCGACCUCACAGAGAUCGGAACGGAUGAACACUCGAGCUGCGAAUCCAUGUGGAGCAACAGAGUGCCGAGACUGGACCGGGGCAUUUCCUGUGAGUCGUACCCCCGCAGCUACACCGAGGAUUAUAGGGAGGAGUCCAGAGGGAGCGAGGACACUGCAGAGACAUUCUGCAGCGGGGAAACAAAGGUCCAGGGGGGCAGUGAUUGUGAUUCUAAGGACUGCACCCAGGAUUCAGCGUCUUCCUGUACUUCCUGUCAGGAGCUGGACAUGGAGCAGGACUCUUCUGAGGACCAGAGCUCGUUCAACCACACCCUCUACAUUCCCAACAACUACAUGACCAAAAGCAUGCUGUGCCUCAAUGAAGAGUCCCAGGAUGAGUGGAUCUCUCUGAGGGAGCUUCUGACUCGGUGUGGACGGCGGUUGACCGUUAACGAGCUCUGGGCUCUCUGUUUCUCCUGCCUCUCCUCUCUGCAGACCUACAUCGAUUUUCCAGCCUAUCUAUGCCUGGACACGAUGCACGUGGGCUGUGAGGGAGAAGUACUUUUCUUGAAACCUAAAAACAUAGGAUCCAGAGACGAGUUCUAUCUUGCUCCAGAGUAUCAAGAACAUGGGAUUGUGACCGAGAAGGUUUGUGUGUAUGGGGUUGCUGCUAUUCUGUGGGCUGCAGCCAAGUUCAGUUUAUCACCUCAUCAAAAGCUGGCGAUGCCUCGCAAACUGAAGAGACUGCUGCUGGAGAUGGCAAAGAGGACGCCCAUUGAGAGACCUUCCAUCGCCAUGGCUAAGAGGAGCUGUCGUGACUACUUAUCCUAUCAAGGGAUAAAUGCUGAGACUGUAUGGAACAACCUCAUCCGCAGAGUUCCCCCGACAGCCUCAAAAUCCAUUGCUGCAGAGGAUUUGAGUUUAUCUGAAACUCAACAAAGCUCACUUGAAGAGUCUUCACAAAACAGCGGAUUUGUUCCCAUGGCCACUGAGAGCCGUCUGGCUCCUGUGCCUGGCCCUGUUCCCCACAGCUAUCCAGUGGACAAGGAAAUCCAACUCCCAGAAGCCUUCACUUCGCCUGCCACACACUUCAGCCCCAUCAUCCUGACUGAUGAAGGGUUUUCAGAGGCGGAGAGACAACACCUUGGGGCUUCCAUUGGAGGGUUUGCAGAUGAGUUCACAACCAACAGUGAGGAAACAGGCCCUGAUUUGACUUCACAGUUCCCAACUUGUACACAGACUGAACUAAAUCUACAUACACAGGAGUCGCCUGUUAAUCACGCCAGUGUAACUAAAACUUCCAGCCAAGAGAUGCUGGUCAACUCUUCUUCUACUCUCCCUGAUAUUUCCUGUCUUGAAGUCUCUCUUCCCCCGCAGCUAUCCGAUCACCUCAGUGGUUGUGGUGUUUUCAACAACUAUCUCUUCUGUCAGGAUCCCAUAACAGGACAUCUUUCCUUAGUACCUGUGCAGGUUAGGGCUCCAGAGUCUCUCCUCGGGUUGGAUAUAAAUCUCUCCAUGGUUCCACAGCCUUUACAGGGACUAAUCACACUUCCAAAAGGCAAAGAUUGUGAAUUUAUGAACUGUGUUAAUAUGCCUUUGAGGCCUGGACCCCUGGAUUAUGGCCCACCGUCAUCCUAUUUCAAUGGAAGCUCCAUUAUUUCUGACAGCCCACUGGAGCAAAGUAUUCGUAGAGUUUACAAUGGACAAACAAAUCCAGAAAGUGAGAAGCAGUCUCCUUUAAACUCUGCCCCCCCUAAAGUCCACCCCGCCCUACAGGAAGUGAUUGACCUCCUCAAGGGAGAGUUUUCAAUUGAUGGGGAUUUGGACAAUGGACAAGAAGAGGAUGUCACUAUGGGGGAGUAUAUCUUCUCGUUGAAGGACCUCCAGUACCAGAUGUUUGCCGGUGUUGUGAAGGAGAGGUUCAAGGAUCUGUACUGGGAAGAAGACUUGCUGGGUGUACUGCACUGCCUGGUGAACUACAACCCGUCCACACUCGGCUCUAAUGAGCAGCCUCCAUCAAAGGCUGUGAAAAGGGCAAACCUUACCCCACCCUUGAUAUCUGCUGCCUGGGGAGGGAAGAGAGAACUUUGUCUGCACGGUUGUCUGGACCUGAAUGGAAACGUACACACAGCCAGCCCCUCUGAUGUGGAUCCAUGGGAAGGACCUGAGGCCAGGCCCGCUCAUGGAGAAUAUGAGGCUGCAUGUAAAGGUUUAAAAUCAGGAUCAGAGGAGCGUCAACACAGCAUCAGUCCAAGUCGAGGUGUGAGCACUGACAGUCUGGACACAGGGCUCAUGGAGGGAGGGGAUCAUUCGGCGGGGGGCAGCGAUGAAAGCCCCUCUGAAGCUGAGUUUCCCUCAGGGAGAGAGGAAGGGCUGACCCAGGAGGAGCAGAUGAGCCCGGACUGGCUGCAGAACAUGGAGGACAGUGACUCUCUGGCAUCGGAGCGACUCCUCUCGCCCCGGUCCAGAGCCGAGGGGCCGGGCCCCCGCUGCAGCCCGGCCUGGGCCCUGGCUCUCUACGGACCAGAGGGUUUCAGUGCAGAAGUAAUGGAGUACGCAGUGAAUCUGGGGCAACACACAGGAUCGCCAUGUCUGGAUGUGAAAACACAGGAACUGCAGCAACAGCUGAUGAUUGAAACAAGGAAUCUUAAGAAAACAAGAAAUUUCUACCAGAAGCUGCUGCAGCAAGAGAGAAAAAACAAAGGUUCUGACAACAAACUGAUGCUGUCCAAACUCAAGUCCCAGCUUGCGGAACUCCGAUCCAAAGUUGUCUUCUUGGAUACGGUGAAGAAAUAUCUUGAGAUUCUGAGUGUGGACCAGUGGGGUUUGGAGGUUUCAUUACUUCCUUCUUUGGCCUCCUGUGGACCCGGCUCUUUGGACUUCCAUUCCUCUGAGGAUCCGUCAGCUCUGAGCUUCGGCAACAGCAAAGGGAAGAGCAUUCUGCAGGUCGGGUCUCCUCUAGGCCUCAUGGCUUACCUCUACGCCAGAAAUGCAGCUUUGGAGGGCUACAUCCAGCAGUUCCUGUAUACCUAUCGUUUCCUCUGCACUCCUGAGCAGUUACUGCAGUUCAUUAUGGAUAAAUUCAUCGCUGCUGCAAGGCAAGGUCCCGACAUGUCAGGAGAAGCUGAGAAGAUCUUCCAUCGCAGUUUGGAUCUGCUCCAGUUCUGGAUCACAGACUGUAGACAGGUGGACUUCACCCCUAAAUCCAGCCUCCUCGAUACGUUCGAAAGCUUCCUUAACACUGAGGUGAUUCCUGUAGACAGUCGGGGUGAGUUCCUUCUUGCUGCUCUCCACACCCCUGCUUACACGACGUGGAGCCACAGAAGUGAAAGCCUCCUCAGCCUCCAGGAAGAUGAUGACUCUGUGUGUGUGCAUUCAUCCACUGAGGAUCUUGGAAGAAAGUGGACAUUCUCCCGGGUGGUAGAGCCCUCUGCAGCCAUGUCUAAAGACAAGGCCUUCUCCGUGGCUACGGCCCUGCCCAUGCCCUGCUACGGCUCCCUGGCGGAUGACCUCUCCACCGUGUGCCUGCAGAGCAAGGAGCGGAUCCCCUUCAGCCAGAAUGAGUGCAGCGCUCAGCACGUCGCCCAGCAGCUCACCGUCCUGCAGCAGGAAAUGUUCCAGGGAUGUCAUCCAGUUCAUUUCCUCAACUCCAGAAUUCAAGGAGUCCGGGACAAAGUCUCCGCCCCAAACAAAUCACUGUCCCCCCUCUCCAGCAGGAAUGUGUCUCAGCACGGUCCCCCAGCAGAGGGCGGUGGUCCCCCUGUGUGUGAGGAGCCCCCCUCAGACAGCUUCCUGCAGCAGCUGCUCUCAUAUGCUGACAGUGUGGCUAACUGGAUCUCUGCUGAAAUAGUCAUCUGUGACUCGGCUAAGACACAGGUGGCUCUACUCACCAAGUUCCUGUGGAUAGGAAAACACUGCUACGAGUCGAGGAACUUCGCCACAGCCAUGCAGGUCCUCGGAGGUCUGGAGAAUGUGACUGUCAGGCAAUUACCAGCUUGGAAACAUCUGUCUUCCAAGGUGUGUGAGAUCCUGGAGGAGCUACGAGCUGUGCAGGUGUUCCUGAAGAGCGACGACCUGUGUCUGAUGGGGGAGGAGCACACAAGGAGGAGGCCCACCCUGCCGUCAGCGCACAUCCUGGCCAUGCAUGUGCAGCAGCAGGAGAUCGGAGCCUUCACCCUCACUACUGGGGCCUACAAGUGGACCAAGCUCAGGAGCAUAGCUAAGGUUGUGAGCCAGGUCCACGCCUUCCAGGAGGCGGUGUACCCCUACAGCCCGGACCUGGACCUGCAGGCCUACCUUCGGAGCCGCAUGGCCCGCCUCUCCACCUCUGACCUCCACCUCUUGGCUGCCGACAACGACGCCGACAUCCGGCAGUCCAGCGAGCGACAAGCGCGGAGGAUCCAGAACACGCUGAGAAGGGUGAAGGCCACCUUCCAAUGAGCCCUGCCCCAGGCCCAGUGCCAGGCACCAGGUCAACACCUCCUGACUGAGGCCCCAAGCCCGGGCCCCGACCCUCAGAGGCCUCUGUUGUCCUGGCAGCAGAACCUUGUGGACUUAGAAACUGCUGUCAUAUACACUAUCUGUCAAAAGAACCUUAACGGUAUGUAAAGGAUAAUGUGCAGCGGAGCAGUCAUUCAUGAAAAAGUAUUACACAGCAACAUACUUUAUAAACCAACGUCUUAACCAGCAAUUUUGAUUUUAAAUGGUUUUCUGGAUUUAAAAAUGAUCAUCCAUGUCUGUUUUUUGAGAAGUUCUCUUUAGUGAUUACUUCCUGUCUGUUGAUUUCUCUGACGUCCAGGUCUCUUUUCUUCACUGGGGACAGUUCAGCCAUCAUGAAUCCAAAGUGUUGUGCUCUCCACAAAUAUCAAAAUGAAUAUUCAAAAAGUGUUCCAUGGUGUUUCUCUGAUGGAGAAAAUGAAUGUUGGUUGUCCACAGAUGAUUUCUGCGGAAUGAUUUGACUGCACAAUGUGCACAUAGUAUCUCCCUUGAUUCUCCUUAGCAAUGGUCUGUCCCAAUUGAAUCAGAAUCGAGGAUACAACUUGGCUUUGUAAUAAGUCAAUAUAUCAGUUGAGACAACUUUAUUUGUAAGACUACACAUGUAAACCUUUAGAAAUGUGUUUGGUUCUGAUUCCAGCAUUUGUUUUCUUUCUCAGCUAAUAUAUUGUACCUUUUUAAUCAUUAUUUGUGAAAUGACCCUGUUUUUUUUUUUAGGUUUAAAGGCUUCAUACACAGAGCAUGGCGGCAUUGCAAACUGCAUGUCCAACAUGGAGGCUCACUGUGUAUCAUGGUUAUAAUAUCAAUUGUUACUUUGUUUAGGAAUAUGCACCACUAAAUGAAAUAACUGACCCAAGAAGACACUUUGGUCCAGACUAAAAUGUCUCAACUAUUUGAUAGAUGUCUAUGAAAUGCUGUGCAAAUAUCAACAGUCCCUUGAGAAUAAUUCAAAACCCCCUGACUCUUCCAGCCCUGAGACUGGGUGUUUGACAGCGUUUCACCUUUGUGCUUUUCACCUGCAUUGUUCCUUAUGGAAAGCAGGCAAGAGUCUGAUUGUAUAGAAGUCUAUGAAAAUAUGACUCCACUUCUCUCUAUAUUUUUUACCUCGUUGUCAUUUUUCUUGAGGGUUGAUGGUCUUCAUGGCUAGCAAGCUUUCUAGCUGCAUGAUGUUCAUUUUGUAAAGUAUGAUCUAAUAUAGGGUAAAAUAGAGACGAGUCAAAUAUAUAGCCUUAGGGUGGGGCUACCUUUUAAGUAACAGGUGUUGUCUGGUUUGGGUGUUUUGUUUCUUCUUCAUCAGAUAACCUUAACCCUUUUCAGUUUAUUCCAGUUCAUUGGAACAUGAUGGUUGCUUAAGAAGCAUGGUAACAGCCAAAAGGCCAAACUGAAGACUUCAAAAUGACACUUCCUAAACCGAUGGACAAACAAGUCCCAGGGUUCAUACACUUUUUCACCAAUGAUUUUCAAUGACUUUUCCAUGACUUCUCCAUGACCUUUACCUAAUUUUCCAUGACCAAAAAAAAUGACUCAGCGGUACCACUGAAAAUGGUUUAUUUGAACAUGGAACAGGAAAAUAAGGUCUGAAACAUGUUGUGUCUAUCUAAAACAAAUCAAGUAGGCAGCUUCUACACGCUAAAGCAACUCAAAUCUCUCACCAGCAAAACACCUCGACAGUUAAAUGCCAUUUUACGUUUCAUUACUAUAUGAUACAGUAUUUAUUAUCAUUAUAGUAUUACUAUUUCAGAGAUUAGAUCAAAUAUAAAUUAUAUUUGAUGCAACUUUAGUUACAUUUCCAUGACUUUUCCAAAACUUUGGGAAAAAUAUUGUUUUCCAUAACUUUUCCAGCACCUGGAACUAGCAUUUUGAAUUUCCAUGACUUUUCCAGGUUUGUAAUGAGCGUAAGAACCCUGAAGUCCACUUCUCUGUCUAUGUUUAAAUUGUGCCUUUGAGUUGCAUAUUCCUAAAUGUGACUUUAUAUAUGUAGCAGUUCUGGGAACGUGUUUUUCCAGCAGAGACAUAUAUAAAGGGGACAGAAUGGGAGGGGGGUUAAUAAUAAAAUCAAUUUGAUGUUGCUCACAUUCAUUUUAUUUGUAAAACUACUCUUAAUAUUGUAUUAAAUGUAAUGAACGGUUUGUUGAUCAUUUAUUUUUGCUUAACCUAUGAUGCAUAGUUUGUUUACAAAUCAUUUAUUAAAUAAGAUUUAUAUUGGUAAGUGAAUCUGAGCACAAUGUGAAAUAUUUGCAUUUGAAAGUCACCGUAAAGGGCAGAAGCCAGAUGUGUUGGACAGUAUGGAACACCAUGACAGAGAAACCUAUGUGCAGAAUGUAAUGGGAGGAAUGGUGUUCAGUCUGCUCUCUUUCUCUUUUUCAAUGUGUUAAUUUAGCCAAAUAAAGGACAUUUGAUAUUC